AUGUAUCAUCUGGACUUGUGUAUAAACCUUGAAAACCAAGCCACACAAGUUAUUGCGCCGCUGGGAGCUGCUCGGGGUUUAGGUUAUGGAGUACAUACUAGCCACAACGGACAGAAAGGGGAGCACGGAACAUGGUUUGAAUUUCUAAAAUUUUACGACCCAAGAAACGCAUAUUUAUUUCAUCCCGAUUCACGAUCAGACCCUACCUUGAUCCAAUUCCUUACUUCAAUCAACAAGAAAGACGAUUCGAGGAAAUUAGCUUUGCUUUUGAAUCCCAGCCGUCCUCUGGUUUGCGACUACUCAUACGAAUACCCAAACGAGACAGCUGAGCAGAGACUGGUUCGAAAGACUCUUACACAUGACGAGUACCCAUUAGACUUUUUGAUCCGGUAUAACCCCAAGGACUGGGUCAAAAUAAAGUCCUAA